AUGACGAUGCACGGUACAGGUAUGGAUUACUCUACAUUAAACCAUUUUCAUAGGGUCGCAAGAGCUAUGAACCAUUAUGUGGCUACAUCAUCACAUAAUUCUUCACAUACUGGACGCGAUGGCUUUCAUGUUGGACCACCUUUCUAUCCAAAUAGCGGUCUUGGAAAUCGUGUUGCCGGUGGUUUACAUUCAAUCGGUAUGCCAAAUAGUUUUGUUAGUUUGGGAUAUCGUGUUGGACAAAUGGUUGAUUCUUAUUUAUAA